AUGUGCAUCGACUACCGCAAGCUCAACGAAGCCACAAGGAAAUACCAUUUUCUUUUGCCCUUCAUGGAUCAUAUGUUGGAGAGGCUUGCGGGACAUGCUUAUUACUACUUCUUGGACGGACGGAUGCCAUUUGAUUUAUGUAAUGCACCUGCCACAUUUCAGAGGUGCAUGUUGGCCAUUUUUGCAGAUAUGGUGGAGAAAAGUAUCGAGGUAUUCAUGGAUGACUUCUCAGUAUUUGGACCUUCAUUUGAAUAUUCAAAACUAAGGCUGAUUAGAUGGGUCCUGCUCAUACAAGAAUUUGAUAUAGUCAUCAAGGACAAGAAAGGAUCCGAGAAUGUGGUGGCUGACCACCUCUCCCAGUUGAAGAAUGAAGAAGUGACCAAUGAAGAACCGAAGAUAAAAGGAGAAUUUCCAGAUGAGUUCCUCUUACAAGCCACCGCAAGACCUUGCUUUGUUGAUGUGGCUAACUUUAAAGCCACAAGAAUAAUCCCCGAAGAGCUUAACUGGAGUCAGCGGAAGAAAUUUCUACAUGAUGCCCGCUUUUAUGUGUGA